AUGCCAGCGGCGGACGCGGACUACCUAGCACAAAGCAAGUCCGGAAUCCUAAAGGUAAUCGUUUGGGUUGCUGCUGGGCUGCCGACCUUGUUUGUCCUCAUGCGCUGCUACACGCGGAUAUGUCUAAGGAGAGUAUUUGGCGUUGAUGACUCUUUCAUGGUGGCGGCCGUGAUUCUCUUAAUUGCGUAUGCUGCCGUCCUUACCGUAGCCGCAGAUAAGGGGCUGGGCCGGCAUCUUGAAUAUGUUGCCCAAAGCCCAAAGGAUGCAAUGGAUGUUGCGCUGCUAAGCUUUGUGUCGCAGCCGCUGGUCAUCAUGUCGUGUGCCUUUGGGAAAACCAGCUUUGCCUUGACUUUGAUCCGGGUGGCAGCACAGCACUGGGUCAUGGUGUUACUUUGGUUCAUCAUCAUUUCCAUGAACAUUUUGCACAUGCUGAUUUCCAUUUUUGUCUUUACUCGCUGCGAGGACCCUCGACACCUUUGGAAUCCCAGUAUUCCUUCCAACUGUUGGUCAGCCAAGGCGUUUGACGACCUGUCUCUAUUCAUAGGUUCAUAUUCGGCCGCAACCGACUUUAUUCUCGCUUUGCUGCCAUGGGUAAUCCUCUGGAAACUCCAGAUGAAGAAGCGGGAAAAGUUUGGAGUUGCCGUGGCUAUGAGCCUCGGCAUUUUUGCCGGUUCCAUUGCGAUCAUCAAGAUCCAGUAUCUUGUCGCAAACACUGAUGGCAAGGACAUCACUUACUCCCUUGCGUCGCUUCUGGGAUGGGCUGGAGUAGAGAACGGCGUAAUUCUGCUAGGCGCCUGUGUUCCAACCUUGCGGCCAUUGCUCAAGAAGAUAUUCCCCGGGUCUUCAGCCAAGAAGGAAGAGCCGUCCAAUGACAGCAGCGAGCUCAUCACCUUUACCAAUUUCAACAUGUUUGCUCCAAAAGCCAGACGAGGGCACUGGAGUACUACAGUCGGAACCGAGAUUCAUCAAGAGGCAGACGACCAAAGCGAGCGGAGCAUCCUCAAACGAGCCCCUGAAGAAGGCGAAAACAUUGAGGUUGCUCACCGUCUAAGUCGAGGAGCUUGUAGGACGCAGUCCAACGAUUCACCGCAUCACAUUAAGAAGACAAUAGAGGUUGACGUCAUUUACGAUCAACCAUGA